ACAAUCAUAAUUUCAUCAUGAAUCAUAAUUACAUUAUUAUUUUAUUUUUUGUAUUCUUCCUCAAUGUUGAAAAAACUUACGGAUGUCAUCCUACCGGGUAUGACUAUUGUACUGAUGCUUCUCAGAUUCAAAAUGUGACAUUUUCACCGGGUAAGAUAUCAGUUACGACUAAUAUCAUUCAAAAAGAUGCAGAAGGAAAUGAGCAAUAUACCCACGCACUCGGUCACUUUACCUUUGGUUAUAGUAAAAAUAACAAAAAUAUUUCUGUGCGUAUUUUAAAGAAACCCGUAUUUACCAAUAACCAACAUUGUGCUGACAAAAGUUCUGAUCAAAAAAAUCCAUUGACAUCGACCUGGGAUUUUGAUCAAGGAUUAACACCUCCAUCAGGUACAUCAGUCGGGGUUUGGCUAUCAACAUAUUGGGCUUGUAAUUUAUCGGAUGGUACAGGAUCAAUACUUUGUAGCCAUGAAGAUAUAUCCUUCACAGCAACAGCGUGAUGGAUAAUAUAGUGCAGAACCUCUAAAAUCAGCUCCUUGUUUAUAUUAAAACGAUUGGCUGAUUCAUUAUGAAAUAUUUCGUGCAUUUCAUAUCUAAUUGUCAUUAUUUUUUAAUCAUAUCCGAUAUUCAACAUUGUUAUACUGUGUACAUGCAUUAAUCACCGCACUAAUCCUAAUAUCACAUAAAAUUCAUUAAUUAAUUAAACAAAUUAUUUAUCGUUGCUCAUAAGGUCAUUUAUAAUUGGUUGUUAACGGUACUAUUUACAGGCAUGAAAUUGAUUAACCCAUUUUACUGGCAUGAAAAAAUUACCUAUAAAGUAAAAAAAUAAAUUUCUUAAUAAAACGUAAAUAAUU